CCUGCGGCCAAACCCCCGAGCGUGUGAAUUGCUGCCUCCGUCCAGGGGCUGCUCCAGAAGCCGCAGAGCCUCUGCCGGCCGGCUCUCGGAGCAACGUUGCGCGGGGAAGGCGAGCGCCGGACGGAGGGAUCGGGCGGGGGACGGAGCCCCUCUCCCCGCGGCAUGGCGAGUCCUCCUCCUCCUCCAAGCAACCUGGGACAGAGACCCUUUAAGAGGUGGGGGCAGCGCCUGGAAGGCUUGGCUAGGGGGUGAUUCCGGGAGUGGGCCGCUAGGACAGCCGCCUUAGGCACCCUAAGAAGAAAAAAACACUUCGAUCUGGGGGGAAAAAGCCGACCACCGAAGCCCACCUCCGCACUGUUAGUACUUUGACCGAGUGAAUGAGACUUCCACCCCCUCUUCCUUCUCCUCCGUGUCUCUCCCCCCACCCAUCCGUGUCCCGGGCGUGGAGUAAAGUAGGAUGGUGGUGCACAACGCCGGGCUUCGCUUGCCGCUGACUUGCCUCCUCCUGCUGCUGGCGGGAGAGAAGCGGAGCCGGGAUCCCGCUGCUAGCAGCUGCGAGCUCCGCAGAAAACAAAGUGAGCUGAACUCCUUCCUGUGGACUAUAAAGAGAGACCCGCCAUCUUACUUUUUUGGUACCAUUCAUGUCCCAUAUACUCGAGUCUGGGAUUUUAUCCCUGAGAAUUCUAAGAAAGCCUUCCAGGAGAGCCAUAUUGUCUACUUCGAGCUGGACCUCACAGAUCCCUACACAAUUGCUGCUUUAACCAGUUGCCAGCUCCUACCACAGGGUGAAAACCUUCAGGAUGUGCUCCCCAGGGACAUCUACCGCCGUCUCAAGCGCCAUUUGGAGUAUGUGAAGCUCAUGAUGCCUUCUUGGAUGACUCCAGAUCAACGAGGCAAAGGGCUAUAUGCUGACUAUCUCUUCAAUGCUAUUGCAGGCAACUGGGAGAGGAAAAGACCAGUUUGGGUCAUGCUAAUGGUGAAUUCUCUAACUGAGGUGGACAUCAAGUCACGUGGUGUGCCUGUCUUGGAUCUGUAUCUGGCUCAGGAGGCUGAACGCCUCCAAAAGCAGACCGGGGCAGUGGAAAAAGUAGAGGAACAGUGCCACCCAUUGAAUGGUCUCAAUUUUUCUCAGGUGAUCUUUGCUUUGAAUCAGACUCUUUUGCAGCAGGAGAAUCUCCGAGCAGGCAGCCUACAGAUUCCUUACUCAACAGAGGACCUUAUCAAGCAUUACAACUGUGGAGACCUCAACACCAUCAUCUUCAAUCAUGAUACUUCUCAAGUCCCAAAUUUCAUCAAUGCUACUCUGCCACCUCACGAGCGCAUCACGGCUCAGGAGAUUGACAACUACUUUCGCCAUGAGCUUAUCUACAAGCGGAAUGAGCGGAUGGGCAAGCGAGUGAAAGAUUUACUGGAAGAGUAUCCGGAUAAAAGUUUCUUCUUUGCAUUUGGAGCUGGUCAUUUCAUGGGCAACAAUACAGUGAUAGAUAUUUUGAGGAAAGAAGGAUAUGAAGUAGACCAUACAUCUGCUGGACAAGCAAUCAGUGGGAAAAAUCAGAAGGUGCUGUCUGCCCUCUCCUCAACAUCCCCAGAAUAUGCCUCUUACAUGAUUUCCCAAGAGCUCCAGCAACAACAGGCACAGGAAGAGGAGGAAGAGGAGGAAGAGCUGUUGCCCCAUGCAUUACUGCCAGAAAGCAUGGACCUGCUGGAGAAAGUAGAGAGGAAAUACAAGAAGAAGAAGAAGAACAAGAAACAGCAGAAGAAACAGCGUUUACGUCAGUUCAAUGACCUUUGGGUACGCAUCGAAGAAAGCACCACUGAUCCAUCUCCUCGGAUUCAUAUAAUUAAUGGUUACAUUACUGUGGAGCCCCAGCCACGAGGACACAAGCAAUCCAGCGAUAUCCAGGCAGAUUCAAGCUGUUCUAGUAGAUCCUUUCUAUCCUUCUUCACUGUGACUUUUGUGUUGCUUAGAGUAAUACUGCUGGGGCUAGAAUGACCUCCCCAUACUCAGCUACGUGCCGUUUUUUGUUUUUGUUUUUAAGGAUUUUGGGGGUAGAAAAAGGAAAGCAUUCCUUUUCUGAACAGGAAAUCAUCUGUGUGGGAUCUUACUCUUUUAGGCCUCAUCCUUUUCCUGAAUCUGGACCAUUAACUUGAUUAACUGUUUUGACCAUGCCCAAUACAGGAGAAGAUAUUUUUUUAAUUAAAGCCAUUAUUUAUUCUUCUCUUGCAGAAGAAUUGUUUCAUGUUAUCCCAGAAUUAUUUGGGAAAUAUAUAUGUAACAUAGCUGUUAUUUAGCUGUAUGGAUUUGACUUGAAUACUGUUUGUUUGGGGUUGGUUUGUUUCCACAUUGUUUCUAGUCUUAUGAUAAAGAAAGCGUUGAGCACUUUAAAGCAAUAGGAAGAAAUUUAAAAGAAUGCCACAUUUAUUUGCUUCUUUUCCUCCACCUGCUCCGGACAGGCCUUGUUCCUCUGGGUGUAACAGCAGUUUCUUCCUUUCACAUUUUAUCCAUCAGUAUCUUUGUUCUCUGCUAAAUUCCGAUGGGUAUGGCAGUUCAAAAAAACUAGUUCCUCUCUUCAACACAACUUGUCUAUUACUGUAAGCCAAUAUUUGUACCAUUUCUUAAUCCUAUUUGAAAUAAAGAAGUGCUCCCUA